GUGACAUUGAAGUACGCUUUCUGCUUCGUCUGUUUCUACAGGCGGUCUUUUCCAGUUUUUCCAGUGCACGCCUUCCAUCAUGCCUCCCAAACAGGCACCGAAAGGUGGUAAAAAGGAACCAUCUAAAAAGCCGAUGAAACCUAAAGAAGGUGGUGGUGGAAAGGCUAAGAAGAAGAAAUGGUCCAAGGGAAAAGUUAGAGACAAACUCAACAACAUGGUGCUGUUUGACAAGGCAACCUUCGAUAAGCUUUUGAAGGAAGUCCCACAGUACAAGGUUAUUACACCAUCAGUUGUCUCAGAACGGUUGAAAAUUCGGGCUUCUCUUGCUCGUCAUGCACUCGAAGAACUAUGGCGACGAGGUUCGAUCAAGAUGGUGUGCAAACACAAUUCUCAACAGAUAUACACCCGAACAACAAAGGCUGAAUAAGUGUACCAUAAUAUAAAUUUGGUAGUCAGACUACUCUUUUGAUUUACUUAAGAUGGGAUGUUUACUGUUGAAUUAUAUUUUGUACAGGGAUGCGGUUGAAUCAAGAAACUGUGGUGGAAACAACUCGCCUAUUCUUGGUGCCUUAUCUGGCUACUCAUGUGACAAAAUACCACAGAUGGAUGCAAAAUUCAUGGCUAAGAGAAAGUACAUCAUCGGAAUUACUAUCGCUUGAUGAGGAAUUUGAAGCACAAAAACAAUGGUGUAACUCUGAUGAUCGGUUAACAUUUAUUCUACUUAGUAAACAACUUCUGGAAGAAUUUUGGUUAUCAAGAAGUAGCAAAAUCGGGGAAUCAGAAAAGUCACACCAGCUGAGUCUUUAUGAAUUUGUAGAUGAUGAAAAUCCUGAAGUGUAUGCAAUGAUUGGAGAUGUCAAUCUUUUUCUUACCCCUGGCACUGGUGAUGAUGAUUUUGAAGGUGAAUUAUCUGUAAUGAUUGCUGAACCGAAAUUUCGUGGUCAAGGUUUAGCAGCUGAAGCAUUAGCUGGUAUCCUCGAAUAUUCUGGAAGACAUUUACCAGUUAAUUUAACUUCUCUUGUCGCUAAAGUAUCCAUAAAUAAUGAAGGAAGUAUAAAAUUUUUUAAAGAACGUUUACAGUUUAUUGAACGUUCACGAAAUAAUAUAUUCAAUGAGAUUGAAUUUAUACCAGACAUACAGAAUUUAUCCAGCAUAGAGCUUAACUUGUCGGGCUUUAAGAAUCAAUUGGCGUUGAAAACAUCUCAGGCUAUAAUUAACAGACUUCUGGCUACAUCUCCAGAAUUGUCGACAUCUUCUACAUGGUAUUAUAAAGAAAAUGAUUUAAAGAUUUGGCGUGAAAAACAAAAGAAAUAAAUGUUGAUUAUUUCUAAAUGUUUCACUUGUUUAUUUUGUAAGAAAUCAAAUUUUAUCAUGGAAAAAUUAUUUCAAACUGAUUAUGAA